AUGACUGAGUGGAGCUCUAAGGAACAUGAAUCUUCAAUGCCAUCGUCGCAGUGCAAUCCACUUGAUGAGCCUAGUCCUUUGGGCUUGCGGCUGAACAAGACACAAUCUUUAUUAGAAUUGAUCGAGAGGAGGCUCUCUGAGGAAAAUAAUGCUUCUCUUUCAGUGAAAUCUAGUAAAAAUCUCAACUCGCCAACCCAAAAAGAUGCAAGGAGAACUACCACUUCAGGUGCAAAUGACAAGUUAAUGGCUUGUGGUCUCAAGAGUAAAAUUGAAAUUCUGUGGUCUGAUAUUAUAGCUCUGAAGGCAACUUACAGUGAUAAUGGCCCUAGCACAUUAACUAUAGUGUUGGCUAGGGCACCCAUCUUCUUCAAAGAGACCAAUCCACAACCCAGAAAACGUACUAUUUGGAAGCCAACUUCUGACUUCAUUGGUGGAGAGGCUAGCAAAUAUAGGAAGCAUUUUCUAAAAUGCUCUCCAGGUAUGUUAAACAAGAACUAUGAAAAGUUGAUCCAGUGUGACAGGUGUCUUUAUAUUUUGAGCCAACAACUCGAGAUAGUUAUGGAUUCACCAUAUUUUGAAGCACAUGCUUCUACUUUUGAAAAUCCGGAAGAAUCAAGAGGUCGUGAAUUUGAUCAAAUGGUUGCCGCUCAAGGAUAUUCUCCCUCUAGCUUCCAGGAUGUAGAAUUAGCAGCUACCACACAAUCACCUCCUUUAACUUCCAGACAGAAUCCUAAUCCUGUGACUGCUGGACAAGUGCCUGAUGAAACCUUGUCCUCCAACUCAAGUACAAUAUUGCUCAUCUUCAAUGUGCAAUUGAAUAAAGCGAAACUUGUGAAGGACACGGUUAUUUGCAGCAAAGAAGCUGCGAACAACUGA